UUAUAGCUACUAACUCAACCUUUUGAUUUUCCAUGGUGUUCUUGUACUUGAACACCUUUUCCAUCUUGCUUAGCCAAUUGAUGAAGUCGUCAAGAUACAACCGACUAUGGAAUUCUGAAUUUCUACCUUAAUUUCGGGCUUUCCGUCAUGUUCCAACAAUCUAAAGAUUUGAUCAUUGGUGUCUUCACAAAUCGGUGAUGUCUGUCGCCGUUUAGGACCUAGGCGGGGAUCUUCUGCUACAUGUCCAUGUGCUCCAACUUUAGUCUCCAGAUUCCCUCCACGCUAGAGCUCUCCCACCUGCAACUGUGGAGUUGGCAACAUGAAUAGAUAAAAUGAGAGGUCGUCAGUGGAUGAUCUACGCUUUAUUCUGUCAGCUGUGUUGUCUGGCUUAAGGACUUACAUUUUUUUCCCCAAAACAUUAAAAUUUUUAGAUUGAGAAUUACAUGCCCUAGCGAGAUGAGCAGAACUGAUAGGCAAAAAGACAAGUAUGGCAAUAGUAAAGAGCUUCCUUGUAAUGCCUCUAACGAAGGUACCGCUGCUCGGACAAGACCUUUCAGCUUUGAAGAGAUUAUGUUAAGAAGGAAAAACAAGAAACUGACAGAAGAUGCCAAAGAGAGUGUAGGAGAACUGGGGAGGUUGUCGAGAAAAGAGCAUGGCGAAAGUGCCUCCGAUCAUUCUGGAUCCGAUGGGGGUCAAGAGCCCAAAAAGGAUUCUGUUUUGGGUGUGACGAGGCAUGUUUCAAGGGAUUCCGAUAAGGGAAUUUCUCGAAAGAAGGAAGAAAAUAAGUCCACAAAGGAAGAUGGUUUCAUGAAAGAUAAAGUCGGUCUGGAUUCGGAAGCUAAACUGAAGGUGAAGUCCAGUAAGGACAGGAGCAAGAGCGAAAAAGAUAAAGGAGACAAGAAUGAAAAACAGAGUCACUACCGGGGCAGGAAUGAUGACCGAACAAGGCCUGAUUUUGAAAAUGAGUCUGAAAAGAAACAGUCUAAAGAUAUGGUUGUGAAGGAUAAGAACAGGGAGAGAAACAAAACUUCCCAUAGAGAGAGUAAACGAAAACAGUUGGGUAGAAAUGAUGAGGAAAAAAUAUCGGAGGGAGAUGUGAUUGCUUCAAAAAGACAUGAUUCUGGCAAAUGGCAAGAUACUGAUUAUUCAGAAAGGAAAGGCAGGAGGAAAGAAUCAUCUCAAUCCCAUUAUGAAGAAACUAGACAAAAAAGGAGAAGGUCAAGGAGUUGGGAACACGAUAAAGACAGGGAUAGGUCUAUUUCGAUCUCACCAAGGGGACACAAACGUUUGUCUAAUCAGGGACGAGAUCAUGGUCAAUCAUCAUUUCGCUCCUUCAAGGACAGGUCAGGAAGGCAGCAUUCUGAUGCUGACAAGAAUAGAAUGUCAAGUAGUGGUGGGCAUGCAAGUGGCCAUUAUCGGCGGUAUGGUGGGCAUACAAGUGGGCUUGGUGGCUAUUCCCCAAGGAAGAGAAGAACGGAGGCAGCCAUUAGGACUCCCUCCCCAACAAAUCGCUCGCCUGAGAGGAAAAGCGCUGCUUGGGAUCUCGCACCAGAUGAUGUUGGUGCUGGUUCUGUGAUAACCAGUUUUCGAUCAUCUCGCCAGGCCGUAUCAUCGAGUACACAUGAGUUGUCUGCUGCUGCCACUGCUGCAUUGACCACAGAGAAGUCCCAAAAUGCAGCUUCCACAGUAACUGUAUCAACAGUCAAGGAUAUCUCCUUUGACUCUAUUCAACUAACGCAAGCUACUCGACCUAUGAGGAGACUUUAUGUAGAAAAUUUACCGGCAACAGCUUCUGAUAAAGCUGUAAUGGAAUGUCUUAAUGAUUUCCUGCUAUCAUCAGGUGUUAAUCAUAUCCAAGGAACCCAGCCAUGCAUCAGCUGUAUGAUGAACAAAGAGAAGGGUCAAGCCCUUGUGGAAUUUCUUACCCCAGAACAUGCUUCAUCAGCUCUUUCAUUUGAUGGUAGAUCCUUUGCUGGAUCUAUCCUCAAAAUCAGGCGCCCCAAAGAUUUUGUUGAAGCUGCAACAGGAGUCACGGAGAAACCGGUCGCCACAGUUAUUACUUCAAUAUCUGAUGUUGUAAAGGAUACACCACAAAAGAUCUUCAUUGGUGGUAUUCCAAAAGCACUGCCAUCUGAUAUGCUUAUGGAGAUUGUUACUGUCUUUGGACCUUUGAAAGCAUAUCGCUUUGAGGCUAAUGAGGAGUUUGGUGAACCAUCUGCCUUUCUGGAGUAUGUAGACCACUCAGUCACUCUCAAGGCAUGCGCUGGAUUGAAUGGAAUAAAGUUAGGAGGGAAUGUCCUCACUGUAGUUCAAGCUGUUCCUGAUGCAUCUGAGGAGGGAACUACUGAAACCCCCCAUUUCUAUGGCAUUCCUGAGCAUGCAAAGCCACUGCUUGAAAAACCCACACAGGUCCUGAAGCUUAAAAAUGUGUUCGAUCAAGAGGAGUUCUCAAUGAUAUCUGAACCAGAAUUGGAAGAAACGUUAGAAGAUAUACGGUUAGAGUGUGCCAGGUUUGGCACUGUCAAGUCCGUGAAUAUUGUCAGGUUCAACAAAGAUAACAUGAUUGCUCCUGAUGCAUUGGAUAUCUCCAACGAUAGCAAUAUACAGAGUGUUUCGCAGGAUCCUGAGACUGAUAAUGUAAGGUCAACAUUGAUGGAGCACCUGAACAGUGAUACCAAAGAAAAUGGUGAAGCGAAGCCUCAAAACGCUGUUGAAGAACCUCAAGAUCUCAGGGAAGUUGAGGAAGCCAGCAAAGUUGGUGACGAUAAACCCAUGCACGACGAUCUUGAAAAUGAGGAAUGUGGUGGGGCUGGUAAGGUAGACAGUGAAGUGACUGCUGAAGAACCGCUCCAGCUUGGCACUACUGAAGAUCGACCAGCAUGUUCCGACGAGGUUUCUGAUUCUCAGAUUGGAGACUCUGGCAGUGGGACCAGUUCUGUUCCUGAUGACCCUAAACCUGAGCAAGCUGAUGGCGAACUUCAGGAUGCUUGUGUUGAACUUGAAAUGGAUACUACUACCGUGGAGAAAUCAUAUGAUGGAAAUGGGGACAGCACCGAGAAGGUUUGCAACCCUGAUGUAUUUGAAAAGGGUUGCAUUCUUGUUGAGUACAUGAGGAGAGAAGCUGCUUGCGCAGCGGCCCAUUGCUUGCAUGGACGGCUCUAUGGUGGCCGGGUCGUGGCAGCUGAAUAUGCCCCUUAUGACCUAUAUCAUGCACGAUUUCCAAAAUGACCACUGAUUGGAUUUUGAUCUUGAUAUCUUAGCGAAAAGAUCUAUCAGUGUCAGGUCUGGUUGACCAUCACCAUCUUUACUGGGUGGUUCCAGAUUUCAGAUUAGAUGUCACUCUGGAGCCAUUAUGACUGAUGAUACCUGUCCUUAACAGCAGUUGCUUCUGGGGAGGGCUAAACUUUUGGGGGGACAAGUCAAGCUCAUGGUUUUAUUUUCUGAAUGUAGGUGAGAGAGUUCCCUGCGGUUGUUGUGAUGUUAUUUACAAGAGGAAUUGAGGAUUCGAAUGGUUUUAUCAUAUUUGCAUUGAGGUUCCAGCUUCUUCACAGUGA